UUUGUUUUGAAUCGCUCUGCUGUCACCGUUGCGCAUUUUUGCAUCUUCGGCACGAGCGUCCUCGGAAGUGAAUCCGUUUUUUCCCGCAAGUUCCCCGGCGUUCGUUUGUCCGAAUUCGGCUCACAUUGUUUUCUUAUUCGAAAUGAACACGAACCGUGGCAAAAAGAAUCCUCUGAGUUCGGAGAGCGAGCAAUCGACGGACGACAUCUGGGACGACACCCUAAUCAUCCGGAAGUACGAGGAAUCGCUGGCGAUGGUGAAGGAGGAGGUGGCCAAGCGAUUGGCCAUGAGAACCAACAAGAAGGCCGCACAAGCCAAGGCGGCGGUCAAAAGCGAACAGCUGGCGGAAGCCGGCACCAGCAGCAGUGCACUUCCGGCCGCUGCGUCCUCGUCACAGGAGGCCAAACAGGACGAAGAGGAAUCAUCCGGCGUGGAAGGGUCUACGGGUGGCGGUGGUGGUGAGGAGAAGGGCGCGGUUGAAACCGGCGGCAAGCCGGUCUACAAAGUGGGCGACUACUGUCGGGCCACGUACGAAGAUGACGGCGUAGAUUACGAGGCCAAAAUUAUGGCCAUCGGGAAGAACCAGGACGCGCUGAUCCGGUUCAUCGGGUACAACAACGAACAGACGACCACGUUGGACGAUCUGGUUCCGUCGUGGGGACGGAAGUCACGCCGCAAGCAGCGCGAGGACGCCGCCGAGGAAGCAGCGGAAGUCGAUUCACACCGGAUGGAGAUCAGCGACGACGAGGAGAAGCUCACCAAAAAGGCCAGCAAAAUUCGGAUCAACUACGGGCCCGGCUUUCCGGCCCAGACGUCGGCCGCGUUCGGGGCCGGCAUGGGAGCUUCCUUCAUGGUGCCGCCGCCGCCGCCAAUGCCACCGAUGCUCGAGCACGAGGACGAUCUCGAGUCGGAGAAUCUCUCGGCGAUGCUCAUGUCCUGGUACAUGAGCGGAUACUACACGGGCCUUUACCACGGCCAAAAGAUGUCCCAGAAGCGGGCGCGACCGUCCUAAACUUUAUUAUUUUUUUUCUCGAUAAGGUAUUCUUUGAUUUAUAUGACUUAGUAAUUUAAGCAUUUUCUUACACACGAUUUUUUUUUUCGCGCCGUGCGAUGUUUUGAGUUGACAAUUGGAUUUUCUUUCAAUCAAAAG